AUGAAGGACCCCGUCUUCAGAGUCGCUUCUCUCUACCCCAAUCCCUCCGUACCCAAUUCAAAGUCUCGAAUUUUGACUGCCGGACCCGACUUGCGCAAGAUGCUGAACCACACUGUCAACAAGACCGCGCUGCACCCCGGUGGUGUCCAGCCUCACAUUCCUCACACCGAGCUCGAGGAGGAGCUGCACGAGACCGCGCACAUUGACUACGACCGUGUGUCAAUUAUCGCCAAUCCUUCCGUUGCUGCUCUAUACGAAGAUGCUCUCGUCUACGAGUCCGGUACCGCCAUCACAUCAAGCGGCGCUUUGACUGCCUACUCGGGUACCAAGACCGGCCGCUCACCUCUCGACAAACGAGUUGUUAAGGAGCCUUCGUCAGAGAACGAUAUCUGGUGGGGUCCUGUCAACAAGCCCAUGUCCCCAGAGGUCUGGAAAAUCAACCGAGAGCGUGCUGUUGACUACCUCAACACCCGCAACCGCAUCUACGUCGUCGAUGGCUACGCCGGUUGGGACGAGAAAUAUCGCAUUCGUGUCCGUGUCAUCUGCGCUCGCGCCUACCAUGCUCUCUUCAUGCGCAACAUGCUCAUCCGCCCUCCUCGUGAGGAGCUCGAGCACUUCCACCCCGACUACACCAUCUACAAUGCCGGUUCUUUCCCUGCCAACCGCUUCACUGAGGGCAUGACCUCUGCCACCUCGGUCGCCAUCAACUUCGCCGCCAAGGAGAUGGUUAUCCUCGGUACUGAAUACGCCGGCGAGAUGAAAAAGGGUGUUUUCACUGUCCUGUUCUACGAGAUGCCCAUCAAGCACAACGUCUUGACUCUUCACUCUUCUGCCAACGAGGGCAAGAACGGCGAUGUGACUGUCUUUUUCGGUCUGUCGGGUACUGGCAAGACUACCUUGUCAGCUGACCCCAACCGCGCCCUGAUCGGUGACGAUGAGCAUUGCUGGAGCGACCGUGGUGUCUUCAACAUCGAGGGUGGUUGCUACGCCAAGACCAUCGGCCUGUCUGCCGAGAAGGAGCCCGAUAUCUACAACGCCAUCAAGUUCGGCUCCGUUCUCGAGAAUGUCGUCUUCGACCCCGAGACCCGUGAAGUUGAUUACGACAACUCCACCCUCACUGAGAAUACUCGUUGCGCAUACCCCAUCGAGUACAUCCCCAAUGCCAAGAUUCCCUGCUUGUCCGAGAACAUGCCAUCGAACAUCAUUCUCCUCACCUGCGACGCCCGUGGUGUUCUGCCUCCCAUCUCGAAGCUCGACCGCGCCCAGACCAUGUUCCACUUCAUUUCCGGAUACACCUCCAAGAUGGCUGGUACCGAAGAUGGCGUGACCGAGCCCCAAGCCACGUUCUCGUCGUGCUUCGCUCAGCCCUUCCUAGCUCUGCACCCCAUGCGCUACGCAAAGAUGCUUGCGGACAAGAUUGAGCAGCACAAGGCCAACGCCUGGCUGUUGAACACCGGCUGGGUCGGUGCCGGCGCUCUGCAGGGUGGCAAGCGUUGCCCGCUCAAGUACACCCGUGCCAUUCUUGACGCCAUUCACUCUGGGGAGCUUGCUAACGUCGAGUACGAGACCUACGAAGUCUUCAACCUCAACGUGCCCAAGACUUGUCCCAACGUCCCAGACGAGCUGCUCAACCCCAAGAAGGCCUGGACUGCCGGCGAUGACAGCUUCAACAACGAAGUGGUCAAGCUCGGUAAGCUCUUCCGUGAGAACUUCACCAAGUACGAGAGCGAGGCAACCGAGGAGGUUGUCAAGGCCGGACCGGUCGUCUAA